GACCAUCGCGGGGCCGGUGCAUUUUCGUCCGGUGCUGCUGUAGUUUCGAACACGUCGCCCGCGCCGUCGGUGUUUCCGUUUGUGUACGUUAAUAAAAGAAGAGAGGAAAAUAUGAUUUCUUACACGCACUGACUAGACCGAAAGGAUAAAAUAAUCGUAACACAGCACAAACCGACAUCCACAUACGGCUCUAUAAAUAAACAAGCGGUCGCACCCAAUAACCCCACCGCGUGCCGAACAACCGUCGAGUCGCGGUCCGCGUGUUGUGCUCGCGUUAUCCGCAAUCGUCGUUUAAUCGUCUGAUAUUAUUAUUGUGGAGCGCGUUUUAUCUAUCGUCCGGUGCAGUGUCGCCGCCCGAGUACGUUUUUUUUUCCACACGUCCCGCGCGCCGUCUCUCGUAGACCGUGUGCGUUGCGACUGCGUUUGUCGUUAUUACCAUUUACCGUGCUCCGGCAGUUGUGUCGACCGCGUCCGUGCCGCAAUACGUUACCGUGUCGCCCGUCACCGUCCAGACAACCGGAGAACAUCGAAGAUCGUCUUGUUCACGCACGGGGCUUCUUUGGGCGACCGGUUCACUCGCUCGCGAAACAAUCAUCAUGUUCGUCGACGUGCUCAAGCGGUACCUGCUGAUCGUGUGGAACUUCUUCUUCGGACAGGGUUCUACUGAUUCAAUACAAGACAGCACUAAGGACCAACCGGUAGAAUCGGCAGAUACAGUUCCGUAUACGGAGGCAGAUAAUAAUGUUUUAAACGAAAAAGAUAACGAUGAUGAUAUUGAAGAAAGUUUUGACGACGAAGAGGACGAAGAUGAAGAGGAAGGAGAAGACGAAGAAGAUGUAGAUGAUGAAGAUGUGAAAGAGGUAGUACCUAAAAAACCUGAUGUAAAAAUUAUAACAAAUGAUGUGCCCUCCAAACCAAAUGCUCCUAGUUUGAAAAUACCCGAGCCGCUAAAGGUAGACGAUAUAAAAAUUAAAGAUAAGGAAAACCCGAAAGAUGAUGUCUACGAGACUAAAACAAAAGAAAGUAGCGACGUAGUGGUGAAAAAAGAGGAAAUGCCCGUAUCGAAGCCAGAAUUUGAAAUCGUAGAAAAAGAAGAUCCGAAAGCUGCGUCAACGGCGAAUGACGUGGCGAAAUCAGCAAAACUUGAGUUCGAAAUCAUAGAACGAGAAACUCCUGUAAAAAAACCAGCUAAAGACGCGAACCAGGAGUUCGAAAUCGUAGAAAAAGAAGCGCUGAAAGUAGUGCCGGGAAAGAAGGAGGACGUCGUAAAGACGACGGAAAAAGAAGCGGCACCUAAAACUGUGGUGUCAGGGAAAGACGACGUGGCUGCCACCGCCAACCAUCCCAAGGACGACGUGAAGAAAACGGCGCAUGUGAAAUUCGAAGACGAGGUUAAAGGUGGCUCUGCCGAACAGCUGAAAGAGGUGGUGGCUGCGGCAGCGCAUCCGAACAAAAUUGACGACUUUAAACUUCCCGCGGUGAUCAAAGAUCAGCCGGCUGACAAGGUACAACACCAGGGACCCGCGACGGAGACGAUCUCGAAGUUUGUAGGUUUGGAAAAAGGUGAAGGGAACGAAAACGAUGGUGACCUUUCGAAAAUCGCGGGGUGCGUAGAUACUACGAUUGAUUCGUUCCUUCUGGGAGAGCAGAGACAUAGUAACGGUACGCACCACCCGGAGACGUCUAUUCAAGAUCAACAACUGGAAUACAGUGAUUCCGGAGAAGAGUUAUCGGACGACGAUAUAGAAAUCGAUUACGAGGACGACGAGGACGACGAAGAAGUGGAAGAAGUAAAACCCUUGCCACCCGUCGCCCGUAGUGUCUAUAAAAAAAACGACUGAAUUACCACGGUGUUUAUAGUCGUCGUGAGCCAUUGUAAAAAUAGUUAAAACCAAUUUUUUUUUAUUGUACAUUAUAUAUAUAUAUAUAUAUA